AUGGAGGAGCUAAAGAAGCAGGCAGCCGAUUUGCCCCGUCUCUUCCGAGACAGAUGGGCGACAGGCCUCGGAGACUACUGUAGCCAGCGUCCUCUGUUAGUCGCUGGAUUCCUCCUCCUCACUCUUGCGCAGGUUUUUGUGACUUUUUGGUUCCUUAAGCUUUUUCCCGCGCCCGUUCUGCUCACGUGGUGGCAACUCACUUCAUCCCUGCUCUGCGCCUAUAUUCUUGGGGAGUUCGGUGAUGCCUUCCACAAGUUCCGCUACUUCCCUCGCCUUGGCGCUCCGGACAAAGACACCUUCGUCCGCUUCCUGCCGUAUUCUCUGUCGUACUGUCUGUUUCUGGUAUUCUCGAACGCCCUUGUCGCGCACCUCCCGAACCCAAUCUACCUUCCUCUAGCCGCGGCGUUUGCCGUGGGAACAAACCAGAUCUUCCGCUUCUGUGGCUGCUCCGCGAUUCAGGAUGCGUCGCCUCUUCGCUGGGUUUCCACUUGUCUCUUGGUGCUUCCUCCCUUUGUCUGCUGUGCGGUAUGGGGUUCGUCCUUCAUCGUCUACGUCAUUCUGUCCGCUUUUUCAACUAUUCUCUUUAGAUCGUGUUUCCUUCCCAAGGCUCUCCACCUUGCUGGCGGCCACGGGUCUGAAUUGAACUUCUACCACAAUCUCACAGGCGCGGCAGUUCUUCUCCUUCCUGCCUGGUUCCUCGGUGAGCUCUCUCCGGCUUUGUCAUUCUCCUUCUUGCUGCAGUGGAGAAACUGGCAAAUAGGAGGCUGCUGGGUGACUGUCUCUGUCCUCGCGUUUCUUCGAAACGUAGUCGGGAACCGCGUCAUGCGCGAAGGGGGGGCAGAGGUGUGGCGCGCCACAGAGAUCGUGGCUCUCGUCCUUGUUGGCUGUCUCUCCCCGUUCCUCGUCGAGCCUGUUCCCGGCUUUGCUGUCGUGGUCUCCUACGUGUGCGUGCUCUCUGGGCGGCUUCUCGGCAACCUCGAAGGGCUCGCAGAGGAGGAAAAACGAAGCCAGUUCCACCGCGCCCUCAUCCACGGCGGCUCCUCGAUCUGCCCAGGAGGAAAAGACAAACACCUGACCGAUGAACCCGUCCUCUUUGUCCACUCCGAUGGGCCGGCGACUUCGUUUGCGCAGGGCUCGCCGUCUGACGUCUGGCCUGAUGACGAGGAUCCGGAGGCCUACAGGGAGCGGCGCAUGCGCUUGACGGAUAUUGUGCACGCCUACGUGACUCGUGUGAACCACGAGGAUAUCGACCUCAUCCAAGACUUGGGCGGUGUUCAGACGAUCUGUCACGGCCUCGGCUCCGACCUGUGCGAUGGCCUUGCAAUCGUCAAGGGUCUCACGUCCCGCGCACGGGGCUCGUUCGACAGCACCAGCACUGGCUCUCCGCGGUUCAGGUCUAGCCUCUUCUCACGAGACGGACGUGGAAACUGGAGACUCCUAGGGUCAGGUGCGUUCGGCGCGGGGUCAUCGUCGGAUGCUCUGGUGCACGGGCAGAGUGCUCGAGGGUCAGAGCAAGAAGAAGACGGAGGCAUUCUCGCAGCUGCGAGCCGACAGUCGUGGCUCGGAGGCCUUCUCGGGCUGGGCUCCAAGGCUCCAGAGGAUGGCGACCUCCUUCGGACCCAACAACGACGAUACGGUGUCAACCGCCUCCCUCAUCGUCCUCUCUCGUCUUUCUGGACACUGGUUUUGGAGGCAGCCAGCGACGCCACACUCAGGAUCCUCAUGGUCUGUGGGCUUCUGUCGAUCGUGUUGGCGUUGCUUUUCUCGAGCGAACCAGAAAUUGAAAUGCUUGAGGGCGUGGCGAUUUGGGUGGCUGUUCUUGUUGUUGUCAUCGUUACUGCCGGGAACGACUGGAUGAAGGAGCAACAGUUUGCUCAGCUGUCAGUGGUGAAGGACGACAAACGGUGCACGGUCAUUCGCAACGGCCGAAAGGAACAGAUCUCUGUCUUCCAGCUGGUCGUCGGCGAUCUUAUUCAUUUGGAGGCUGGAGACGAGAUUCCUGCAGACGCCAUCGUCACCCAGUCCAACGAACUGAAGGUGGACGAAAGCUCGCUGACGGGAGAAAGCGACAUGAUCAGGAAAGAGGCCUUCAAACGGUGCCUAGAAGAAGCGGCUGUUGCCGAUCGCAAGUCUGCGGCCCGCGGGACGCCGAAAUGCGCCCGAGAGGAAGAGGCGCGAGCGGGAUCUCCCGUGCCGCCGCUCCAACUGGACGAAGCAAAGGCAACCUCGCCUGCGGGAACCAGCCGCUCAGGAGGACCCGCGCCCCCAUGGCACGACACUGAAGCUGCGAGCCAUCACGAGGUUGCGUCUCCUGUUGUUCUUUCCGGCACGACCAUCAGCACGGGAAGUGGCACGGCGCUUGUCAUCGCCGUCGGACACUACUCGCAAGUUGGCCAGAUGUUCCAGAAGCUGGCUUACGACGCAGAGCCCACGCCACUUCAGCGGAAGCUGAAUGCGCUGGCGGAAGACAUCGGCAACUUUGGCUUGAUCAGCGCCAUCCUCGCCUUCUUCGUUCUUCUCGCAGAGUUCUGGGUGAUGUUCUUCCUGCAGGACUCUGCGAAACGCGAAUCCGCCCUCGACGUCAUCAACGACCAUGUGGAGUUCUUCGUCACCGCCAUCACCAUGCUCGUCGUCGCGGUCCCCGAGGGCCUGCCUCUCGCCGUCACCAUUUCCCUUGCCUACUCCAUAGGCCAGAUGCUGAGAGACCAGAACUACGUCAGGCGGCUGGCUGCGUGCGAGAUUAUGGGAGGCGCCAACGAGAUCUGCAGCGACAAGACAGGAACUCUGACGAAGAACCAAAUGACCGUCACGCAGUUCUGGAAUGGCCAAAGUAUCCUGCAGGUCCCCUCCUUCUCAGCCGCUUCUGCAGAGGGGUCUGCAGAUUCGACGUCUCCGCGCGCCUUCCGGGAGAUACUUGGCGACGGCAACGAGCACGAGGCUUCGACAACGCUUGCGUCUCUGCCGCCGUCUGCCGAUUCCGUGACGGCUGCCUCAUCUGUGCCUUCUCACCCGGCGAAUGUCGCAGGCGCAGGGGGUUCAGCGAACGACCAGGAGGCCUUGGCGUGCCUCCAACACCACGAUCUGAAGUGGGAAAUUCUGAUGCAAGCGAUUGCAUUGAACAGCACAGCGUUCUUAGUGUCUGAGGAAGUCCUCAUCGCCGAGGGCACGGAGGAAGAAUCCAAGAGAGUGACGCUCAAACACAUUGGUUCCCCGACGGAAUGCGCUCUGCUGGCCUUCCAGGAUCAGCCUUGUGGCGGCGACUACGCCGCAACUCGCAGACAGUUGUUGGGCGAAGGUGAAACGCAGCUGGUUCAGCGCGAAGACUUCUCCAGUGACAGGAAAAUGAUGACGUCUGUAGUUCGUAUUCCCCGGUCGUCUGCAGGGGGAGCUGACGACGCUAGCGGGUCGCGCGACAUUCUACGAAUAUUCGUCAAGGGAGCCGGUGAGAGAGUGCUGCAGCAGUGCACGUCUUUGAUGGUUGCCAACGGGGAGAUCGAGCGGCUGACACCCGACAGGAAGGCUGAGAUCGAGAAGACCGUCAUCAACACCAUGGCGUCCCAGGCUCUGCGCACCAUCUGCCUGGCCUACCGAGAUAUUGAUCCGGAGCUCGAGCCAGACUGGAAGGAGCGCUGCGCGCCUCCACAGCAAUUUUUUCUCAAGGCAGAGACAAACUUGACGUGUUUAGGCAUUGCAGGUAUUGAGGACCCCGUGCGAGACGAAGUCCCAGGCGCCGUCUCGCAGUGCCAGAGAGCAGGCAUCAAAGUGCGCAUGGUCACUGGAGACAACAUUAUCACGGCGAAGGCCAUCGCGAAGAGAUGCCACAUCUACCAUGAGGACGCUGGCGGCAUUGCCAUGCUGGGGCCUGACUUCACUCGCGCCGUCGGCGGUGUCGUCUGUCAGUCGUGCCAGACUGAGAUUUGCGGGUGCGCCACGGACGCGAAGACUGCUGAGGAGCAGAAUCUGCCUUUGCGGGUUGAUGUGAUCCGCGACCUGGAAGCGUUCGAUAAGAUCUGGUCACGCCUGGAGGUCCUCGCCCGAUCCCAGCCGAGCGACAAAUACGCACUAGUCACGGCGUUGAAGCAGAAGGGCAGAGUUGUCGCCGUGACGGGCGAUGGAACGAACGACGCCCCUGCGCUCAAAAAGGCCGAUGUCGGUUUCGCUAUGGGUCUGUCUGGAAAGGAGGUUGCGAAGCAGGCAGCAGAUAUCGUGAUGCUCGACGACAACUUCACAUGCAUCGUCAAGGCUGUCAAGUGGGGUCGGAACAUCUAUGACAAUAUCCGCCGCUUCCUCCAGUUCCAGCUUACUGUGAACGCAGUGGCUGUCGUCCUGACUGUCGUCUGUGCUGCGGUCGAGAGAGAGGCGCCGCUCUCCGCUGUGCAAAUGCUGUGGGUAAACCUUAUCAUGGAUUCCUUCGCGUCCUUGGCCCUCGCCACCGAACGCCCUACAGAGGACCUCCUCAACAGAAAGCCGCAAGGCAGAGACAGCUACCUCAUUUCGAGGUCGAUGCUAACGAGUAUAGUCGCGUCCGCCGUGUACCAACUCACCGUCAUGCUCUCUCUCAUUUUCUACGGCGAGCACUUCCUUCCUGAAACCAAGUGGGGUUUCCUCUCCGACGAGGAGCGGACGAACCUGGGCUUCUGCGAGUUCUCCGAUUGCAAUACGACUACAUUUACGGGCACGCGAAUGCUCUCAGGACGGCGGUACAAACUGUUUUCUACGGAGGACGACUACAAGCCCGAAUGGCUACGCGAAGUGGGCCCCUCUCGCCACGGUACUUUCGUCUUCAACACCUUCGUCUUCAUGCAGAUUUUCAACAUGGUCAACGCGAGAGACGUAGAUGACAGCCAAAUUGACAAGGGCACGUCGCUCCUGGGAUCGAUCGUCAUGAUGGUGAAGAACCCCCUUGGACUCGGCAUCUGGCUGUUCAUUCUCUUCGGGCAGAUUCUGAUGACCGAGUACGGCGGCCGACUUCUUGGCUGCAACGUUGAGGGUCUGAACGGUGAGCAAUGGCUUCUCAGUCUGCUCAUUGCCGUGGGCGGUCUGCUCUGGGGACGGUUGCCGCGGAUAUUUCCUGGGCUGUAUAAACUCGCGCCCGAGCUGGGAAGUCGCGAGGAGACGCUUGAGGACACGCGCAGCAUCGCCCUGGAGCUGAGAGGUCGCACGCCAGACAGAAUCAAUGAGAGACUCGGUCUGGCAAGCUACACGUUCGCGAAGAAAUACGCUAAGAAGGCGCGGCUGAUGACACUGAGCAGGCUCCGAAGAAGAAACCUGCAGUCCAGAGCGGGCGGCGGAUCAAGAAGCAUUUCGCCACCUUCAAGUGCGACACGCAGGGGCGAGAACGAGUCCGCGUGGCGCCAGCGAACCACGUCAGUCGCCUCUCCGGGGGCCGACCCCUGUCAGGGGGGCUCUGCCCUCAUCGAGUUGCCGGUGUCUUCGCUGUAA